AUGCAACUUAGCCUCAAGUUCGUUACGGGCCUUCUCCUCGCCUCGAGUGCUGCCUUCGCUGAGAACGCGAACGAGAUCAGCCUCGAGCGCCGCAACUCGUUCAUCUCGUCCAACAACGAGCUGAACGUCAACCUGUUCUCCAAGCACAUGGUCCAGAUCGACCACAAGUACAAGACUGCGCUCAACAACUACAAGCGCAACAUCGGCAAGGACCACCCUCUUCUCCGCCUGCUCCUCGGCCAGAAGCGUGGUGGCCCCGCCUCGCUCGACCUGACCGACGUUCAGAACGAGCAGCUCUGGGCUGGUGAGGUCACCUUCGGCGGUCAGACCUUUGGCAUUGACUUCGACACUGGCUCGGCGGACACGCUCGUGAACCCCAGCGCCUACAACCCCAAGAAGUCGAAGUCGGCCAAGAACACCCACGAGUCGUUCCAGGCCUCGUACGGUGACGGCACCACUGCCAAGGGUGCUAUCUACACCGACAGCUUCGAGAUCGCUGGUCUCAAGGCUAAGAACGUCGCCAUUGGCCACUCGACCACCAAGUUCAUCGACGACCAGGACCCCAGCGAGGGUAUCUCGGGUAUGGCUUUCCCCUCGAUCCAGACCUUCCCCAAGCAGUACAAGCCCUUCUUUGAGUCGCUCAAGGACCAGAAGGCUGUGAGCCAGGGUGUCUUCCAGUUCACCCUCAAGUCCGGCAAGGGCUCGACCCUCACCCUUGGUGGUGUGGACUCGUCCAAGUACACUGGUGACGUUGCUUACACCGACGUUGACCCCAGCCAGGGCUUCUGGCUCACUGACGCCAAGAUCAACGGCAAGGGUAUCAAGGCCAUCAUUGACUCGGGCUCGACCAUCAUCUCGGGUCCCACCGACCAGGUUCGCAGCGUUGUUCAGGGUCUCAAGGGCAUGACCCCCUUCAACCAGGGUGGCACUAUCAUGUACACCUACGACUGCUCGCAGACUCCCAGCAUCACCAUCAACGUUGCUGGCAAGGACUUCAAGCUCGGCAAGGCCCAGACCCGCUACGGUACCGUGCAGGGCGGCAAGUGUGUGCUUCCGAUUGCUGGUCAGGAUGGUAUGCCCAUGGACGCCUGGAUCGUCGGUGACACCUUCUUCCAGGCCACCUCGAUCAUCUUUGACACCGACAAGAACCGCAUGGGCUUCGCCAAGCAGGCUUAA